GGCAGCAUGAGGAAGUCUCACAUGGUGGCUAACAGGGAGAGGAGAGCACGAGCACGCUGAAACACGACUUCCCGACACGCGUUGCCGUUGAAAAUGUCUGCGGCUAAAGUGAAGAUGCGGGAGAAGAAGCUGAGGAACCAGCCGGCCAGUGUGCAGUAUUCCCCGGCCCCUCCGGCCGCGGAGAGGAGUCCCCACAACGGAGGAGAGCCGCCGGGAACCGGAAACACAAACAAAGCCCCCCACCGAAGCGGAUGGGUGCGUGGCCAUCGAAGAGAUGGAGGAGGCUAUACCAAGGAGAUGCCCAAGUACAUCACCGCCGGAGGCUUUGCCAGAGCCAGGGCCGCCGAGGUGAGCGCCAUGCUGAAGGCCGUCACCAAGACGACGGGCAGCAGCCACGUCUUUGGAGCUCUACCCAAACACAUGAGGAGGCGGGCGAUGAGCCACAACACCAAGCGGCUUCCGCGCAGGCUGAGAGACGUGGCCAACCGAAUGCGGGAGAAGAGCCUCCAGGCCGGCGCCAAGAAGAAGGAACAGGCGAAGAGAAAAAGCCGCAAGGCCCGGCGGCGGCAUGGCAACCUGCUGCUGGAGUUCAACCGCCGCCAGCGGAAGAACGUUUGGCUGGAGACACACAUUUGGCACGCCAAGCGCUUCCACAUGGUGAAGAAGUGGGGCUACUGCCUCGGGGACAGACCCACAUACAAAUGCUACCGGCCGUGCUACCGAGCCAUGAGCAGCCACUGCCUCCUGCAGGAUCUGUCUUAUUACUGCUGCAUCGAGCUCCAGGGAGAGGAGGACAAGCUGCUGGCCGCCCUCUCACAGCUGAGCAGCAAGGAAGCCGGUCCUACAUUUGCAGCCGCUGUGUGUCUGUCCGGCUGCAGACAGGGCAGCGUGGUGGUGUACAGAGCAGGGCGGUACCCCUCACAGCCGCUCGGCUCGGUCACCUUCCUCUGGAGGCCGCGGGCGCCGGGCUCGGCCCACAGGCAGCUGUGGAUCUGGGUUCAUCCCACCCUCAAGCAGGAUCUGCUCCCUGAGCUGCAGGCCGUCUGCCAGUGCCUUGAGGCUGUGGUGCCUCCGGUUGUACCAGUGGUUACCGCCGCAGAGGUCCAGCCUGCUGGAGAACCAGAGGUGAAGCCGGAGAGCCCUCCAGGAGCCGAGCCAAAACCCGGGACCAAGAGAAAGAGAAGCUGCAAGGACGCCGGCGGACCGCCUGCUAAGAAGAUAAUUGGAGAUGGAACCAGAUCACCCUCCACCCCAGUCACCUGGAAGUCCGGCUCAACUGGAAUCGUUAUAAAUGAUCUCUCAAUGGAGAUCGUACGCUAUCGGCUGAUUGGACCGCAGUCCCACACCGUGCUGACUGAGACCCUGGAAGCCGCUCCAGGCUGUGAUGAUAAGUCGCAGCCAUCUUCUCUGUGGUGGCCUCAGCACUGCAUGGAUGAAGGCAACAUGAAUCUGCACCAGCAGCAAACCGAAGUCUUUCACCUGCUGAAAGACAUCUACUCCAGCUCUGAGCUCCCUGCCGGCACCGUGCUGGGUCUGACCGUGGAGGACCCCAGGCUGACUUUACCCAGGAAGAAGGUUAAAGCUUUACCCUGUGUACAGCAGACGCAAGAGGUGGAUGAUGACAGAAGGACUGAGCUGGUGUUGCGAGGCGUCCCGGAGCGCUGCUGUCAGAGUUUCCUGUGGGAACAAUCGAUCCGGGAUAACGUCACCGAGAACAAAAUAUCUGAGAAGGAGUUGAACCGGAUCAGGAGCGAGGUGCUCGUGCCCGGCUCCAGACUGAGCAGCAGUCCUCUGCAGGGCCGGGUCCCCGUCCUCCUGGUCCACCAGCCCGGGAAGCAGGCGGGCCACGAGAUGAGCUGCUGGGGUGCCGGCUGGGACCUGCUGCUCCCUAAAGGCUGGGGCAUGGCCUUCUGGAUCCCCCUGGUGUACAGAGGAGUCCGAGUCGGCGGGCUGAACAUGAGCCUGAAACACUCUCAGAACAAAGCCGCUCCUCACUUCCCCCACGAUUACCCCGACUGCCCCGCCGGCGCCCGCUUCCAGGAGGAGCAGGAGGCCGAGCUGCUGGACAGCUUCACAAGGCAUCCGCCCGCCAAGAGGACCAAUUACAUUAAACAUGGAUGUCUGGCUCCUUUCCGUUGCCCGUGGCAACAGCUGGCAGAGGAGUGGGAGCUCAUCGCCGGGGGAGGAGGCGGAGAGGAGCGGGGAGGAGGCAGCCAGACAACAGCGCGCUCCGAAGCCCCGACGGAGGUGGAGAAGACGUCACAGCCGGACGUACCGAAGCCCGUGAGCCGCUUCACCGUCCUGAGGAACAGGAAGGCUCUGAGGCUGCUGUCCAGCUGGUGCAGGCCCACCACGUCCAGAGGUCAGAGGUUACGCCGCGUCGGGGACGAGCCGCCGCUGGUCCGCUCGGCCGCCGCGUCCUUUCUCAGUGCGCACCCGAUGAGUCUGGUGUGGGUGCGUCUCUCGCUGCCGUCGAAGGGCCGACCGGAGCUCCACGCCAUGCUGUGCGCGCCGACCGCCGAGGACCUGACGCUGCCGGGCGGCGGCGGCCCCCAGGAGCCCCCCCACCGGGACCACUUCAGGAGCCGGGACAAAGGCAAGAAGAAGACCGAGUCCCCGGCCGGCCGGGUGUUGGGGCUGUGGCCCGACCCCCUGCCCAGCGUGGCCUCGCACUGCGCCCGGGUGGCUCUGGGCUGGGUCACGCAGGGCGACUUCUCGCUGUCGGCCGGCUGCGGCGAGGCGCUGGGCUUCGUCAGCGCCGCCGGCCUGCUGGAGACCCUCCUGAGCCAGCCGCCGGACCGCAGAGGGACGCUGCUGCUGCGGAACCCCACCUCCCUGCACUACCGCUUCGCUAAGGUCAACGUGGAGGUGUGAGCGACGCGUCCCAGCAUGAGCACAUCCUCAGAGGCUCUCAGACCCGAGCAGCAGUCUCUCCUCCCCGUGCUUCCAUCGAGCAACUGUGCCUUGUUAAAAAUACACCGACUGCAUAACCUGGUGGCGUCCAUCAAGAGAGGAGUCGGAGUUGUGUGUCAAACACUCUGAGAAGAGACAGCCUCACUGUUUCAGCUGUGUUAUGGUUUGUUUUCUUUGAGCAAUGCCUUGGUUUUGUUGGAAACAUUCUGUGAACUUGUUUUCCAAAAGAAACUAAUUUAUGAUCUAUUUUUUAUGACUUUGCUGAGAUAGGACUGUAUGUUCCUGGCUUUUUGUUUUCACCACUAACAAACUCAUAUUAGACAUUCUGGGCUGCAGAAGCAUGUCAGCUGAACAGUUGUUGAGGUGUUUUUUGUUUGAAUUGGAGCUAAUAAAACCCCUCU